GUGAUUUGGGUGAAAUUAUACAAACAUAGAAAACUUUUGGUUUUGUGUAUGACGAUUGAUCACAAUAAAGUUUAGAGACCUUGAAAAUGACAGGAGUUUCAGGAGAAACAACAGAACAGGAGUGUCGGACUGCUGGCUAAGUGGGGAGGAGAGCUGAGGCAUCAAAUGGUUCCCCUCCUGUUCUUUCUUUUCUUUCUUCAACGCAUAACACACACAACACAUAACACAGUUCGUGUGUGUGAAAUAAAGCUGAUGGUUGGCGGCUGAGAGACAAACUCAGCUUUCACCGUCUGCCGUCCGUCUGACUUCCUCAGAUCAGAGCUGAUAAACUGAACAAGUAAAUAUUGAAUCAAUCCUCAAGAGUUUAUCGUGCAGAUGGAGAGGCCUUCACCUGGCCUUCACUGUCGACAGGGAGCACUGAUGAUGGUGAUGAUAACAGUGACGAGGUUCAGUCUGAACUCAGAGCUGCUGAUUCCCUGACCCUGAAACACACUGAGAGUAUAAAUACAGUUGGACCUACUCCGUCCGUCUGUCUGUCUGUGGGUCAGAUGAUGAAGUCUGUUCAGUCUGUUGCUCUCUUCCUGAUGAUGAUGAUAAUGAUGGUGGUGGUGGUUUCUGUCUCUGCUGCUCCUCUUCUUUCUUUGCUCAACAUCUCCAGACGUGAUGAUCUGAACAUUGCAAGGUUUCACCUGCUGAGCAACAAAGACGAAAACUCCACCAGAUUUGAGUCUCAUGAAAGUGUCAACAACUCGCUGGAUGACUUCAGACGAAGCAUCUCACCAAACACCACAACAAAUGAGACAAGUUUCAGUCCUUUCAUGUUUGUUCUUCCUCUGGGAAAAGUGGAACCCUCUGAAGACACCGGUGCCAGAAGCUGUGUCCUGUCCACCUGUCUGACAGCGAACCUUGGCUCUGCUCUGCAGGGCGGGGACGAGAAGGCAGGCGGAGCCACCACUGACCCAUUUGGCAUUGGGAAGAAAUGAGAAGAAGCAUUUGUUGUUGCAUCUGUAAUGGCGAUGAUAAUGACCAUCAUCAUCAACGCCUGCAGCAGUCUUAUAAAAACUUUGAGGUAGAAGUCAACUCCAAAUUCCAGGAUGCAUUUCUGCAAGAAACACCCAAUAGCAGAGCUUCAUGUGCUUCCUGUUCAGAAAACUGAAACAACCUACAGCUCAAAAUAAGUUCAGAUUAUGGGUCACUUUUUGAAGAAUUCAG